UAAAUAACAACUAGUCGAUGAAUCAUUAAUAAUAACAGUGUACAAUAUUCAUCCGAAGUCUUACGUAAGUCCUAUCAUUGAUUUUGAAACAGUAUGAGAAUAACAAUGAUAAUAACAUAAAAAUGAAAACACCAGAUCAUCGCUUAUCAGAUAUUGCGUAUGCAUUAGGGCUAUACAAAAUAUUGGGACGUACGUUAGGUAUUUGGCCUCUGAACUGUCACUCUAUAUCUUCAAUAAUCAGAAUAACAUUUGUAACAGUAACACAGUUAUCGAUGUCAAUCAGUCUCAUAAAACAACUAUUGGUCAAAGGCAACUGUGGUAAAAUAACAGACAUAGUAGAUGUAUUAAGUUUGAUUGCUUGUGGAGUUGUAACAGUUGUAAAAGUAAUUAUACCUAGAAUUUAUUAUAGUAAAAUGUACGUCAUUGUGAGUACUGCUAUAAAUGAUUGGAAGACAGUAAAUAAUGAGAAAGCUCGCCGAACUAUGUUACGAUAUGCAUACAUAGGAAGAGUUGUGUUUAUCGUGCAAAUUAUUGGAGCAUAUGCUGCAGGAUUUCAGCUUAUUGUUUCACGAUUACCAUUUAUAAUGAAAUGGAAUAAUGAUCAAAAUUAUAGUUCACCGAUGUAUACCGUUCCAAUUGGCCCAAGUUGUUGGAUAUCUUCUGACAUUUCUAGUUUUUACUACACUGCUUACUAUACAUUCCAGUGUAUUCAAUUAUUUGUUGUGUGUACUGCUUAUAUUGGAGCUGAUACUUAUUUUUUCGGCAUCGCUAUGCAUGUUUGUGGACAAUUCGAGUUACUCUCGAAUAGUCUUACAAAUAUUUAUAGUGAUGGUAAAAUAUCAAAUCAAAAACAAAAUUUUUCUAAGUUCGUUGAACGACAUAAGCAUCUACUCCUUUUGGCUAAUAAUUUUGAAGAUACAUACAAUUUAAUCAUAUUGAGCCAAGUUGGAAUAGAUGCUGUACUGAUUUGUAUAUCAGGUAUUGUUCUAUUAAUGACUCUGCAUACUGAAGAUUUAUUUAUAAUUAUUGGGCUUAUAAUUCGAAUAUACCUUGUGUAUGUUCAGCUUUUUUUGUAUAGCUAUGUUGGUGAGCAGUUGCGUACUCAAGCAAAUAAAAUACAAUUGACUAUUUAUAAUUGUCCAUGGUAUAACAUGUCACCUAAAAUCACUAACGAUAUGGUGUUUAUGAUUAUGCGAACGAAUUAUUCUUUUAAUUUGACGGCGGGUAAAAUGUAUUUUAUGAAUAUGGAAAACUUCAAAAAUACAAUCAAAACUAUGGGAUCUUUUUUUUCUGUUCUCCGUUUAAUGUUUAUUAAAAAUUAA